AUGUCAAACACUCUAGCAUUGUGCGGUAUCGUCCUCCUGUGUAUCGUUGCUGCUCAAGCGCGACCUGUGGUGGAAGGCCAGGCAGCAGUCAACGUCAAGCGAUCUCCUUCACCAACGCCGCUUCCUCGCGUGCCGACACUCAAUCCGCGUUCAACACCGGACGAAGUUUACGAGUUCUACUCGCCACGCCACAUGCCAGCUGACGAUCCUGUCGGAUGGUCACUCAACCGACGAGCCACACCGGUUAAGCGACAAGACCAACCAUCUGUACCGCUCGCAUCGCUCGGCCCACCUAACUUCCCCUCGGACAUCCCCUCGUGCCCGAAGUGCCAAGACCGCUACUCGUCGCUCUCGUCCUGCAUGGGUGCCUCCGCCGUGUUCGCCAACGCCAGCUCGAUCUUCAACAACCCGAUCGGAUACAUCAACGUGAUCAAGUGCGCCUGUACCGACACGUUCCAAGCCGUCUACCCGCAGUGUCUCGACUGCUUCCAGCGCACGGAUCAGUGCUACUACCUCGGCACCGACCCACAGGGGACGGGCGCCAACAAGGUGAUUUCGAAUCUGAGAAGCAUCUGCGGCUUGGGAUCGGCGUUGCUCGGCGGCGUCGCCUCAGCUAACAAUGAUGUGGGGACCAGUGUGCCCGCGAACCCGGGGACAUACACGGAUGUCUCGACGACGGGCGCGGGGUACAAGGACUCGAGCACCGGUGCUAUUUUCCAGAGUUCGGGUGGGAGGUCGGCGGUGGACGAGGCGUUGAGAGGGUGGAAGGUGGCGGGGUUGGCGGUGGCUGCGACUGGGUUGAUGAUGGUUGGCGGUGCUGCUAGAAUCUUCCUCUAG